UCAGGAACAGGUGCACUGCCAGAUGCAGCACACUCUCCUAGUCCUCUCCCUCUCACCAGCUCUGGCCUCAACCUUUGUCCAAGGCCGGGGGGAGGAGCAAGCAAGGGCGGGGCUGGACCAAGCGAGGGCCGGGUGGCUGCUUCCUGUUUGGCCCUUACAGGGUCAGCCCCUUCCCGGCCGGGCGGACUCUGGAGCAAGUACAGUUUCGGUGAGACUGCCAGGGCUCUGGUUUCGCUUAGCGACGGGCGGAGCUUUGUAGUGUAGGAAGUCGAGCAGAGGGAUGGGCGAGAGGCUGAAUAGAAGGGAGAGAUUGAGGACGAGAAGGAGAAGGAGGUGGGAGGCGCGGAGCAGCUAAGGGCUGAGCCAGAUCGCCCUGAUUAGGGCGCUCCGAUCGCCAGAGGCACUUCAGUGCCAGGGGCGCACCGGCCCCCGUAAGGGUGGAGACAACCGAGGGGGACGAGGGACAGAGAGACAGAGGAGCUAGACGGAGACGCCGGCACUGAGGGGUCCACAUUGUCAUCCACUGGAUUUCUCAGGCUUGGCCAGACUUCCUCCCGCCCAAGUGAGGGGCUCAGCAGCCACCCGUCAGCCGAGAUGAGGACGCCCGUGGUCAUGACCCUGGGCUUGGUGCUGGUCCCCUGCGGCUUGCUCCUGUGCCUGAUCUGCACCCUGACGCCGGGCUGGCGGCAGAAGACAGGUUUCCUUGAUCAGCCGGUGGACGUGGUGGUGACCCAGGGACUGUGGGACACGUGUAGAGAGCAGAGCAGUCAAGUCAGGUUGUGCGGGAUCCCCGACCAGCUGGGGUACUACACGGCUGAGCCGGUGCAGGCGGCGCGCGCUCUGACUAUCACGGGGCUGGCCACCUCGGCCGUGGGGCUGCUGAUGGCCUCGCUGGGCGUGCGCUGCUGGCGCCGGACGCCCCGCGCCUGGCUAGCAGGAGCCUCGGGCCUCGUGCUCUUUGUCGCCGGCCUCCUGGGCCUCAUCCCGGUGGCUUGGUACACCCACGUCCUGCAGAACCGCACCGUGCUGCCUGCGGAGCCCAGCCCGGUCCAGCUGCGGGUUGGCUACAGCGUAGUGCUCGGCUUCCUGGGCAGUUGCCUACUGCUGGUGGGGGGCUUCUCCCUGGCACUCAGCUUCGCCCUGGUCUGCGAAGAAUGCGCCCGUCGCCGUAAGGCGUACCCCAGUCCGCGCCACAGCAGCCUUAACACAGUGCCGAUCCAAUGGCCCGAAGCUCCCACCUUUCCGUCGAUCUUGUCCCAGCGCACCCAGGGUCGGCUUCAGCCCCAGGGUGGCCCUAAGCCCCGGGUAGGCUUCAGGAUGCCUCGGCCAGCAGCCUACACGAACCCGGAGGAUGUACUGAAGGGGGAGGAAAGCAGCGGCCCGCACCCUGGCUCCACUUCCACACUACCCUGUGACUCAGACUUGUAGCUUCUGCCCUUUGCCUGGAUUCUGGUCCUGGCCCUGUCCAAAUGAAUGCAGUGGGACCCCUGGAGAGAUGCUAGGACUGCCCGGGACCCAUCAUUUCUGCCAGGUUUCCAUUCUGACUCCUACUGCUUUUGAAAGGAGUACAUUUUUGCGGGGGGGUGCCGAUGGUUUUCACGGAAUGUUAAGAUUAAAAGGGACCUUAGAAGUAGGUCAAGCCACUUCCUAGAAGCAACUAAGUGUAACAGUGGAUAAAGUGCUGGACCUGAAGUCAGGAAAAUCUGAGUUGCAAUCGGUCUUCUGACACUUCCUAGCUGUGUA